CAGUCAGGAUAUGUACAAUGACAGCGGAAUUGUCAGUGACGCUCUGGAGAGGGAGGAUACGCUGAAAAGGAGGUCCAGGGAAUCGGUGGAUGGGUCCUUGGAUGGCAGGAAGGUGACUGAGAUGGUGAAGAAGAUGUCGGAUGUCAGUCUGACAAAUGGCCACCCGGGGUACAAGCGACACAUGUCCGUACCGUUAGACAUAGCCAAAUCCAACUCGGACAGCACCGUGCUGAAGAAGGUGGCGUCCCUGACUCUUAGCAAGGCGGAGUUGGAGUCUAAAGUUACCAAACCGAAAUUCGUACCUGAGAAGUUGGACUUUAAGUUAUACGAGAAGUUCGAAG